AUGGCUACUGAACAAUCUCCUUUGCUUAGGGAUAUUAGGAAUGAUGAUUUUAUUGAACCGCAAGAUAUGCGUGAUGGUCGUUUUGGGAAAAUUCCGUUGGGUCUUAUUGCAAUUCUUAUAUUAAUUAUUGGGUUUGUCUUAUUUGUCGUAUUCGUACCGCAUAAUACUCCUCAUCCGAUUGAACCUUGGCCUACAGAUCUAACUCCAAAUAUAUUUUCCCAUUUAAAAGCAUUAAAUGAAAUUGCAAAACAUUCAAAUAAAAAUUCUCGUUCAAUAACUAAUGGAUAUAAUGCAUCAGCAGAAUAUAUUAUUAGUACUUUAAUUAAUAAAACAAAUUGUGACGUGAAAUUACAAUAUUUUAAAGUACCUAUUUGGGAGAAAGAAAAAGAAGCAGAGUUAAGCGUUUCUUUUGGUAACCCUGAUGAAAUAGUUGCGUUUCAAGGAGGUAUCGAUUUUUGGAGCAUGCGAGAUGGCGGUCAAGCAGCAAGCUUAGUUUCUCAAGAAGUUGUUAAAAUACAAAAUCCUCUUGAUAAUAAGACUGAAUGGAAUGUUCAAGGAAAAGUUGCUCUGAUUCAAUUUGGAAAUUUCAGCGUUUGGGACGCUGCAUAUAAGGCUGAACAAAAUAAAGCAUCUGCCGUUAUUUUUUAUAAUUCACCAGGUCAAACAAAACUUUCACGUGUUCGAGUGAGAAUUGCUGAAUGGAAAGAAGGAGAUCCUUUAAUGAACAUACCCGUUCUUGCAGCCUCUAAUUCACUUGGUCGAAUACUUAAAAUAUCAUCCUCUAUUAAUAUCACUACUUACACAAAAGUUUUUGUCACCGAAACAUUUAAUGUUAUAUGCCAUUUAAACGAUCACGGUCAUAAAAAAAAUACUAUAGUCUUAGGUGCCCAUUUGGAUUCUGUUUCUGCCGGCCCCGGUAUGGUUGAUAAUGCUUCAGGAGCUGCAACUCUGUUGGAGAUUCUUUUGACAUUGGAGAAACAACUAUUUGAACCAAAGAAUAGAUUAGUAUUCGCUUGGUGGGGAGCUGAGGAGAUUGGACUUGGAGGAUCAAGACAUUUUGUUAGAGAGCUGCUUAAAAGUAAAGAGAAAGAAAACAUUGCAAUGUAUUUGAAUUUUGAUAUGUUGGGAAGUCCGAAUUAUAUACCAUUUAUUCUUCAAGGUUCGGAUGCACCACCUGAUGCAAGGGAUGGAUCAAUAAGAAUUCAACACAUGUUAGAAAAAGUCUUUGAUAAAUUACGAGAACCUUAUGAUAUUUCUGAUAUGUUGGGUGGUAGUGACUUUUUACCUUUCAUUCAAAACAGUAUUCCGUCAGGUGGUAUUUAUACUGGGUCAAGUGAAAUAAAAAGCAGAAAAUCUCAACAAAAAUUUGGUGGAAUCGCUAAUGCACCUUUAGAUCCUUGUUACCAUCAAGCAUGUGAUAUUUUGGAUAAUGUUAGUGAAGAUGCUAUUGAACUUACAUCAAAGGCCGCUUUGGAAGUAAUCAUUAAUUUUGGAAGUAUGAAAGAUUUGAGAGAUUACUUGGAGAGUAGAGAUAUUUAA